AUGGCAGACGAGGCAGAUGUGCGACACGAGGUCUUGCAGAAAACACUGAGAGAAGUUGCAGAUGAGGGGGUGACCGGAGAAACGAACGACCCCUGUGUGAUCUGCCUGGAUUCAAUCACGGAGCCUAGUGUCGCCGUACCAUGCAACCACUCGAACUUCGACUACUUAUGUCUGCUCAGCUGGCUGGAACAGCAGCCCUCAUGUCCUCUGUGUAAGGUCGGCCUCACUGCGGUCAAAUAUGAGUUGAAUGCUUCCCGCGGACCGAAAAUCUACAAUGUACCCACCCGCGAACAGCCCAAAGCUAAACCCGAGACUUCGUCUUGGAGUUACACACAACGGCGAGCCUUGGCAGGUGGCUUGGAUAUAGGAGAUGCGCGAUCACGACGGCGAGGACCGCAUUCUCGUCUAUACCAGCGUCCACCUGUAUCUGACGAUCCUCUCUCCUUCAGGCGCAACGUCUAUCGCAACAAUCUAUACUCGCUACGGGUGGGAUCGAAUCGUCUCUCUCAGUACAGCGAGGUAACACCGGAAAAUUUCAAUCGUGACGAAGCCUUGCUCUCACGAGCGCGAAAAUGGAUCCGCCGGGAACUACAAGUCUUCAGCUUCUUGACCCCAGGCCCCGAAGGCGAACAACAAGAUCCGGGUCCUGUGCCGCGCGCUGGACACCAGAGGCUAGAGGAUCGCAGGGCAAAUAAUGCCGAGUUCUUGCUCGAAUAUGUCAUCGCUAUCUUGCGGACUAUCGACAUCAAGGGCAGCUCCGGACAAGCGGAAGAGCUGCUGCGCGACUUCAUUGGUCGGGAUAAUGCCAGACUUUUUCUCCAUGAAAUGCUGGCAUGGUUGCGAAGCCCUUAUACUUCACUGGAAGACUGGGAUCGCCAUGUCCAAUAUCCAACAUCAACACAGACUUCUCGGGAUAGAGAGUCCCAGGAAAUAGAUUCCAACUAUCGCGGGCGUCGACGGCCUCGCAACCCACCUCCGGCCCGCGAACGUAGUGCGUCUCCGAUACGUGGGCGUGAUAGAAGCUUGUUUGAUCGCAUCUCAAGACCUGAUGGGUCGGAAACAUCUACAUCUACUCAGAACGAAGUGCAACCUAGGCUCCGGGGGCGUUAUCCCAGGCCGCGGAACAGAGAGUUACUUGAUUGA